AUGCAAAGUAUUUUGACAGCAUGUUUUGCUCCAGAUACCAAGAAACCACAAGACUGGUUUGAAUUAAAUAGCACUCAUGAACUCCUCAGUGAGUUUGAACAUGUAGAACUUAAAAAGAUGUACCAAGACAGACAAAACUUACCAUCGCAUCUAAAAGGUAUAUAUGUUCAUAAGUUCCUAGCUAGUUCAAUAGCAAUGUGGGCUUCACCUCGUUAUGCAAUCUACAUACUUAUGCUACUUGACGAACUUUGUACAAAGCAGAGAGAAGAUAUGAUGAAAGAAGACAAAAACAUACAGAAAAGAAUACCACGUUCGGUACCAAAAGGUAAGGAAAAGAACUAUAAGUAUAUGAUUUACACUGAAGAGAUGGAAAAUGAAGAAGACAGAGAUAUGGUUAUGUUGCAUUUAGUCAGAAGAAACAACAAAAGCUUUUACGACCUUGCUAAGAUUUACAAAUCUGACAGAAAUUGGUUCUAUCGCAAAAACUUACCGAUUUCAAUGACACCAAAUGAAGAUGUUAAACAGAUAGUUCAAGAUACGUUACCUCAAACACACUAUGAUAUGAAAGGUUGUACAAUACUUACAUUCAAAGAAGAUUUGCCGCUACUGAAGGAAAAGA